UGAAGCAAUUUGCUGAGUCUGGCAGAAUAAAGUAUAUCACCACCAGUUUUACACUUUUUCUCACAUUCAUGAUUUAAAUAGGAAGCAUUUGCAAUUCUAGAUGGGCUUCUUUUAUGUAGUUAGAGACAACCAAUUUGAGGAUUCUGCUUUGGGAUUGCAUAGCUGAGAUGGGUAUCACUGGGGAGCUGGUUAGGAGUGUCUUUUCCAAAAGCCGGUCCGUUGGAGCCCAUGAGAGCAAUGUAAGGAGCAAUGCAGGAGAAAAAAGAAGAUGGAGCUCAGUUAGGUCUUACCUAUGUGGUGAUGAACUUAAUUCAGCCAUUGCAGAGGAGGAUUCAGCUUCUGUUAGGAGCACCAGAGCUGCUACUACACAGCCUGAAUUGAGUUCAGUACUUCUGGAAGAGGAUAAAGCUUCUGCCAAUAACUCUGAGGCCACUGUCACACAACCCAUAAUAGAGAACUUUACUGAAAAAGGAGAGAUCCAAAGCAAAGAAACCAAUGAAGAAACACAAGAGGAAAGGCAGAAUUCAACGGCAAAAUUGUUUCGAAAAGAUGAUGCAGCAAUUGUCAUCCAGUCAGCAUUUAGAGGCUUUCUGGCAAAGCGUCGUAAUGAAGGAAUCAAGUUGGUGGAUGCUGCACAAGAGCUCGGUGUAGAAAUAGGAAGUCCAAGUAGGGUGUCUAUAGGUACAUCAAUCGCAGUUCAAACUGCAAACUCGGCUGUAGCCUUCUCACUUCGAGAGGAAAGCUUUGCUGUGCCCCCUCGAUUGCCACCGAGAGCUAGAACUCAAGUGCUGAAGCUACAGGAAGAUUGGGAUGAUAGCACCUUGUGUAGCAGCAUAUCAGAAAUGAGGAUUCAACACAGAUUAGAGGCAGCAACUAGGCGCGAGAGAGCUCUGGCUUAUGCAUUUGCACAACAGCUCAGAAUCUGUUCAAAGAAGAAACAAACCAAAUCCGAUGGCACAGACCCUAACAUUGGUUGGAGCUGGCUAGAAAGAUGGAUGGCUACACGCCAACCUGAAAAUUUCUUGAUUGAAAACUACAUAAGCAAGCAGCUUGAACCACUUCACACCAACCAAAGGCAAGGGAUCAGAAGAAGUUCAUUUGAUAUAACAAAAAAAGAAAACGAGAGUUGCGGAUCUAAUGAAGUAUCAGUCCAAUUCGACAGCAUUUCCAUAAUAGCACCAGAAGAUAGAGACAAGCUUAGGCCCUCGAAGAACAGGCUUAAGGUUACAAGAAGCCUAUCGCGACAGAAAACUCUGCCGAGCUACCAUUACUCAAACAAGCACAUCAAGGUGAGCAAGAAAAUUUGUGCAAGGGAUGAUGAAAUUGCAAAAAAGCAGAAGACCAAGCAAGCAGGAAGUAAGAGAGAAAUGAAAUGCAAAGAUGCUACAUCACAAGUGUCACCUGACAUGUGACCAGAAACAACUGAAAGUGGCUUUUUUAAUCUAUGAACAAAAAUAAGUUCCCAUUACUCUGUUCAGAAUGCAAUUUCUAAGGGUGUAAUUUGCUUCUAAAUAUAUCAUCACAAUCCUCCUUGUCUGUGUUAUGAUUCAGAACUAUCGAUUAAUAAACUGUAGUCCUUUGAACUUCACUCAGAAAGUUAGAAUUACUAA